GAGACCAUAUGAAUAUGAAAUAAAACAAAUUCUGUGCACUGACAAACUUCCUCUUUUCUCUACAGCAGCUCACACACACAGGACCAUAAUAACCAUAGACCAUGUGACUUCCUGUUAUAUGACAUUAUUGAAAAUGAAAAUAGAUUAGUGAUAUAUAUUGUUUAAAUCUUAUUAAACCUUUGAAUGACAGAGUAAAUGAUGAUUUUAAAUCAGUGGUGAUCAAGACGACAGUACAGUGAUGAUGAUGAUGAUGAAGACGAUGAAGCGUGAACACAAACUGUUUCACUUCAGAGAGAAAAAACCUCAUCAGUGAAACAGGAAGUGUUCAUUAAUGUGUGUGUGUGUGUGAGUGUGGGAGAAAGACUGACAUUUCUUCACAGAUUCACUUUGUAAAGAUGGGGACAUUUGGAGGCGUGGCCUCUUCUCUCCACAGAUCUACACUCAUCGACUGGUGUUUGCCUGAGUCACCUUUGACCUCUGCAGGCACACACACACACAUUCAGAUGUCUUCCACAGACAGGUCACAUGACCACACCUCAGUGAGUCCACAGUCCAUCUCUGAUGAAGGACACAUGAGACCGUCAGAGGAUGUGGACGAGGAAAUGUUUGUCUUGCCCAGGAGCAGCCCGGUCAUCUCCAGACACCGAAGACACGUCCACACGUUCUGUCGUCCAUCAAGCGUGGACGUGGACACAUCGUCGUCUCUGAGUGGACGUGACUCAAACAUGGUGAGAUGCAGAGACACUUCCUGUCCUCGCUCAUCUCUGAACCACUUCCUCAACUCUUUUUUCCACCUGCCGUUCACCGGACAACAGCAUGAAACCCCACCCACUGCAGAAGGAACAGGUCACAGACACAGGUGCAGCAGUAAUUUCCCAGAAUUCUCUGCAGAAAUCUACAAGACCUGCAGUGAACUGGAGAAGGAAAUGGCUCACCUGGUGGUGGUGGACAUGGUGCUGGAAGUUCUGGAGAGUGUGAAGUUUACACUGAGCCUCGAACAACAGACGACAAACACACACACACAUGAACACACAGACAGUCGUCGUCAUGCAAACACCUUCUCUGUUCUCUCCACUGACAGCGGCUUUGAAGAGAGUGGAGAAGUCGUGAAGUUGAUGCCACCAGAUUCUCUGAGAAGUGCAGAGUGGUUGGCACAGCAGCUGGUGCUGGAGUUCAGGAGGGCGUGGCUACCUUCCCAUGAACCUCGGCGUGGACGUCAGAGUCUGCGCAGCUCUCUGCAGGAGUUGCCUGGAACAGGAAGUGUGGCAGCGAGGGGCGGCAGCAUCAGUGUGAGGAGCAGGAUGAGAGGAACGCUGAGCUGGACACCUCCACGCUUCCAGAUCCUCCUCAAUGUCCAGCCGACACUCAGACGCAGCGACGUCAUGGCCUCACAACACUUCCUGUGUGCAGGAUGUGGAACGGAGGUGGAGCCUCGAUACAUGAAGAGACUGAGGUACUGUGAAUACCUGGGCAGGUAUUUCUGUGAAUGUUGUCACACUGGAGCUGAAGCUGUGAUUCCUGCUCGUGUUCUGUCCUGCUGGGACUUCAACAGCAUUGACGUGACUGAAGUUCACUGGGAUGUUGACAGAUAUCCAGUGAGUGAUUUCUCUAAACAGCUGCUGGACUCGGUCUGGUCUCAGCCGCUGUUUGAGCUGAGCUGCGUCGCUGAGAUGCUCAGCAGCAGCAGCAGCAGCAGCAGCAGCAGCAGCAGCAGCAUCAGCAGCAGCGGAGUGAAGGAGCUGGACAGGUUCAGGGUGCUGCUGGAGCAGCUGCUGGACGUCAGGAAGCUGCUCACACACUGCAGGUUUUCAGGAAGAGUGACGUCGGAGUUGUCGCAGCUUCCCUCUCACCUGCUCUCUGAGCGCCCGCCGCUCGUCUCCAUGGACGACCUUCAGAGGCUGAGGAGAGGUCAGCUGAUGACCCUGACCCGAGCCGUGCUGCAGUCUGCGCUCAGCCACGUGGAAGACUGUCAGCUUUGUUUGGCUCGAGGUUUUAUCUGCGAGUUCUGCAGAGGGGGUGGAGUCAUCUUUCCCUUCCAGAGCGACACGUGCAGUCGUUGUCCAGUUUGUAAAACCUGUUUCCACAAAGUGUGUUUGGGAGAAAAGUCGUGUCCUAAAUGUGAACGAGUGAAAUCACGAAGAAAAGUCACAGAAGAAAAACAAGAAAACUCUGCUGUCAUGUAAACAAAGAUGUUUCUCUACUUACUAUAAAGAUUGAUUUAUUAGAAGUAACAAAUAUAAAGUUAUUGAAUUAAAAUUGUUUGUAAAAUAAUUACAAUCAUGAAAAUGUGAUUUUGGUUUGAUUGUUCUGUAAAGUGCAGGAAACAUAAGAAACAACUGAAAUAUUCUUGUUUUCAAACUUUUACACAAAACAUUGAACUGAAGCUUUACUGUUAUUUGUUUUAAUUAUUUCAUUUUAUUGUGAAUUCUGUCUGUUAUCUGUUAUGAAAUGUACAGACUUUUAUCAUCAUUAUAAGCAGGAUUAUAUUAUUAUAAUGUUAUGUAGGUUUUUUAUGUAGUAAUCCCCAGAAAAAACUCCUGCGUCCCCACUGUGGCUUGCGACCCUCAUGUUGGAAACACAUUUUGUUUAUUGCCACUAAAUAAAAGAUAAAGUGAUAAA